CGAAGUUGUACACGUGUGCGCGGGCGCGCGCAAGUGUGUGUGGCUCCUUUGGCGCGGUCGUGGCGGUGCGGUAGCUGGUGUGCGGUGCUGCUGCUGCUGCUGCUGGUGCUGGUGGUGCGGACCGUGGAGCGGCCGGAACGGUCUGGCCGGAGUGUGUCAGUCGGUUGGCGAAUUCUGUCGACGUUGCUCGGUGUUCACAUCGCGAGUGCAUGACACUGCGGCGGCGACGGCGAGGUCGAUAGCGAACCGAUAGCGUAAGCCGUGAGUCAGAUCGGUAACCGACGAGGAGAGGGUGCGGUAUCGUCGGUGGAUCCUGCUGCUCCAUCUCGUCGUCAUCGGUGGCGGCGAAUCCCUGCUGAUCGCACGCUACUGGUCCAUGUGCUCUGCUGACUAAAAUGCUCAUCAAGGAAUACCGCGUCACUCUGCCCCUCACAGUGGAAGAGUAUCAAGUAGCUCAACUGUAUUCUGUAGCAGAGGCUAGUAAAAAUAAUACAGGCGGCGGAGAGGGCAUUGAAGUAUUGAAGAAUGAACCGUUUACGGAUUAUCCGUUACUUGGUGGAAAGUACUCAUCAGGCCAAUAUACAUAUAAGAUUUAUCACUUAGCUAGUAAAGUGCCUACUUUCAUUCGCAUUUUACUGCCAAAGAACUCCCUGGAGAUCCAUGAAGAGGCUUGGAAUGCUUAUCCCUAUUGUAAGACAGUUAUAACUAAUCCAGGGUAUAUGAAGGACAAUUUCAUGAUCAUGAUAGAGUCCUUUCAUAUUGGCGACGUCGGCAAUCAGCAUAACGUUCACGAAUUGCCACCCGACAAACUUAGGAUCAGAGAUGUAGUGCAUAUAGAUAUUUCCAAUGAUCCGGUUACUAGUGCCGAUUACAAGGAGGAUGAGGAUCCAUCUAAAUUCAAGUCCCUGAAGACGGGACGGGGCCCACUUGUUGGGAAAGACUGGAAGCAUAAUGUUCAACCUGUGAUGACGUGCUACAAGCUAGUCACUUGUGAAUUCAAAUGGUUCGGUCUGCAGACUCGCGUCGAAGGGUUCAUUCAGAAGGCGGAGCGACGCCUGUUCACCAAUUUCCAUAGGCAAGUGUUCUGCUGGAUAGAUCGCUGGUAUGGCUUAACCAUGGAGGAUAUUAGAGCAAUCGAAGACAAUACGAAAGAAGAAUUAGACAGGCAAAGACAUCAAGGUGAAGUACGGGGUAUGCGAGCUGAUGCUGAUUGAGGAUUCGAUAGCUUCUAUUAUGAACGGUUAAAUCAAUUUCCUUAUACAUGUCAACACAAAUACAGACGUAUACCUACAGAUGUACACUCUGUUACGCUCUGUCAUAGACGAUUCCACAGGAUUCGGACAAUUUCUGGAAUUUACGUGUCUAGAUUCAGUGUCUAUUACAAAUUACUUACAAUUUUAAUUUAUUUUACAUUUACAAGCGUUUUAGAUAAAUGUAUCUACAGUCAAAGAUUAUUAUAAUGUAGUUAUUAUAAAAGAAAAAAAAGAGACAAAUGCAAAGAAUCAGGUUCAUCUGAUUCUCGUGUUUAAUGUAUAAUUAUGGAAAGAAUCUGGUUUUUUCGUGAAAACCAUAGAUAAAGAGUUAUGAUUACUUAACAACAGUUCGUAGUUCGAUAAUAAUAGAUAUUGGAGUUCAAUUAACGAAGGACAAAAUGCUUGCAAAGUACAUAAAGAGGAAAAAAACGAAAAAAAUAUGUGAUUUAACAUCGCGAGUUUGAUCGUAGUUAAAUAAGUUAAAAAUCCACAGUUUAAUAUAUUAAUGUACAAUUGAAAAAUCUAAAUGUUACAUAUUAAUGAUCUGUAUUUCGAACUAUUAUUUCAAACCGAGAGUGUGAUGUACUAGAUCGUGUAUUUUUCGGAAGAAAGCUCGAGAGUAUUUUCUCAAUUCUACGAAAGUGUAUAUAUGAUCAGAAAGCUCGAUUCGAGAAAAGUUCUAAGGAACCUUAAAUGUGUAUCAAUAGUUAUUUCAUGGGAUCUUUGAUGAUCCCACGAAGCAAAGGUACUACGGUAGACUUCGACCUGUAACGUUGCUCUAUUCUUUCCGUUCCGUCGUCACUGACGAACGUGAGACGCGUGUACAUGUAUCUAUCCCCUAAAGAGUUAGGACCAAACUGAUGGAUUUUUUAAUUAUGCUGCGAUGCUAACAAACGUAUUAACAUGUUACACUCUAAAUUGUUUACCGAGGACAGGGGAGCUGGUGUAUUCUAUGUAAAGUGCUCACACAUACACACACACACACACACAAUAUACAUAUACACACAUAUGUAGAAAAGCAGAGUUUAGGCUAUUUCAAUAUUGGUGACAGCGGGUGAACGGCGAGAGAGUGCGUCAUUGUACAUAUAUAUAAAAGGAAAGAGGCAUACACAAUGAAAUUCAAGUUAUAUAUAAUGUUUCUUUGCAUUCCAAUGGAUCUCUAAGUACAACCGACAAAGUAUUCCAGGACGCUGCUCGUAACCCAUUACAUGCUAUUACGAUCAUCUGUAAUUUUUAAAUCUUUUUUCAGCAUAUGAUAUUGUGUCGAAAAAAAAAUUUUAACAAAGGAUAAUUAUGUAACUGUCUCGUUUCUGUCGUAACAAGAACAAAAGUUGCUAUACGCAAAAUAUCUUGAUCUGUUUUAAAAAAUUAUUAUAUUAAUUUUUAUAAAAAUCGAAUUUUAGAAUGAGAGUAAAGUCUUUUAAUGGGUUGGGCACCAAAACCUGAAAUCGUAGCAGCGUUCUCACCUAGCAAUAGGCUCUCUAAAUAUACGAUGAAAGAUUGAGAAAGCAA